AUGGCAUGGCUAAGUGGUUUGGCUAACUCCUUCUUUCAGUCAACCCUCACCAACCAGCUGCCACUUUGUGAUAACAAAGUAGAUGACUUUCUAUGUGAGGUCCCAGUAGUGAUCAAGACGUCAUGUGUUGACACCACAUUCAAUGUAGCUAUGCUCUCCAUUAAGGAGACGUUGUAUUCCCUGGUUGUUUUAUCACUUAUCUUUGUUUCCCAUGAGUUCACUGUAGCUACUGUGUUCAAAAUUCAGUCCCCAGAGAGAAAGAAGGAUGUAGACAUUGAAAGCAAUUAUAGCUGUUUACAUGGCUUUAUACUGCUUGGUUUCUCUGACCAUCCCAAACUGGAGAUGAUCCUGUCAGGAGUUGUCACCUUCUUCUACUUAAUCACAUUGGUGGGUAACACAGCCAUCAUGCUUGCCUCUCUUCUGGAUUCCCAUCUCCACACACCAAUGUACUUUUUCCGCAGGAAUUUAUCUUUCCUAGAUCUAUGUUUCACAACCAGCAUUGUCCCUCAGAUGCUGUUUAACUUGUGGGGACCUGAAAAGACCAUCAGUUUUGUGGGUUGUGUUAUUCAACUCUAUGUUUACAUGUGGUUGGGCUCUAUUGAGUGUCUUCUCCUGGCUAUUAUGUCCUAUGAUCGUUUUAUGGCUAUAUGUAAGCCCUUGCAUUAUUUUUUAAUAAUGAAUCCACAUCUUUGUCUCAAGAUGAUUAUCAUGGUCUAGAGUAUUAGUUUGGCCAGUUCUGUUGUAUUAUGUACACUCACCCUGAAUUUGCCCAGAUGUGGAAACAACCUUCUGGACCAUUUCUUGUGUGAGUUGCCAGCUAUGGUUAAGAUAGCUUGUGUCGACACCACAACAGUUGAAAUGUCUGUUUUUUCUUUAGGCAUUGUCAUUGUCCUCACACCCUUAAUUCUUAUUCUAUCCUAUGGCUACAUUGCCAAAGCUGUGCUGGGAAUGAAGUCAAAAGCAGGCCAACAAAAAGCAGUUAAUACCUGUGGAUCUCACCUUACUGUGGUGUCCAUCUUCUAUGGAACUAUUAUCUACAUGUACCUGCAACCAGGUAACAGUGCCUCCAAAGACCAGGGCAAGUUUCUCACUCUUUUUUAUACCAUCAUCACUCCAAGUCUCAACCCCUUCAUUUACACCUUAAGGAAUAAGGACAUGAAGGAUGCACUAAAGAAGUUGAUGAGAUUUCACCACAUAUCUGCAAAAAGAAUUAAAGUUGUAGAAAAAGAUUAG